AUGCAUGCCCAGUUCGCAAAAAUCUACCAAAUCACCUUAUUGGCUUGUUUGAUGCAACUGAUUGCCCAGUCCAGCGCAUUUGAUUGCACUGAUACCGAAGCGUGUCUCGUGAAAUCAAGAGAUGGCAAGUCUUUCAAAUUCUUUCUCCCCAGGUUGGUUUCAAAGACUGCCACUUGUACAAAAGCCGGCUCAACAGCGUCCUGUUGCCCGGGGAAGGACAUCCCUACCAAAACUUUUACAACACUAGAGGAAGCACAGAAGGCUUGUCCAGCUGCCGGGGGCGCUGGGGGUACCACUACUGCAGCACCCGGCUCUACUGGGGGUACUACUAAAGCCGGUACUGCUGGGGGUACUAAUACUAGACCCGGUACCACUGGUUCAACUGAAAAGGCGGCGGAGAAAGAUAAAACGAAAACCGAAACCCCAAAGGCUCCUUAG